AUGCCGCCCCAAGACCGGGACACUCCCAACAAUGAUCGGGAACUGGUUCGUCACAGACCGACCCACAGCGAUUCCAGCCGGUCCUUGGUUCCUAUGUGGGACAGCUCCGACCCAGAGCGUGCACCUCCUCCAUUGCCCUUGAACCCCCGGUCCAUGAGCCCUGCAACUAGACACGGCGUUUCGCCAAAUAUCCAGGCCGUGGCAGCCAAGUUCACGGACAAGCCGAGUGAGAACGCUCUUAGCUCUUACACAACAAACCCGAUGCCCAAUAAGACUGGAUCACCAGAACGGUCCUUGGUCAAGGGCCACCACCAUAAGCGCUUGCAGUCUUUACAGCCCAGCGACACCAAGGGCGAUGCUCGUUCGGAUUUCUUGAACUAUCUAGAGAAUCGAUCCCCCGAGCGGCCUCUUCGGGCUACAAUUAUUGAUCCCACGAACAUGCCGCUGGAUUCGAGCAAAGUUUUUGGAUCCCCACCACGUCCUGCUGAGCGGGAAAUCCCUAGUUACGUGUCAGGACGUUACCUGUCAAAACCUAUUCUUGGAGAAAGUACUCCCCCAUCCGCCACGAUGCUUGCUUUGCAAAAUAUGCAACUCCCCUCUGAUAAUGACCCGCCAUCUCCCUCAAAACCUCCUAAAAUGAUUACGGGAGUGAGGUUCGAAGAACCCGCUCACACCAUGGAUACACUAGCGUCGCAAAUCUGCAGCCUCACCGAUAUUGCCAGCAAUUUGCAGAAAGAAAUGUCGAAUUUAAGCCGCCGAAGCAAAGAUAACGCUACCGAUCUGGUCAGCCUGAAGGCUGCGACGAAUGCUCGCGAUGAAGAUAUUCGGAAGAGUUUGAAGGACUUGUCUUCUAAUCUCACAUCGAAGUAUUUCGAUGGUGAUCUAUCAAGGUUGGAUCUCAGUGCAUUCCUGAAGCCGGAAAGCGGCCCUAACCCCACUGAAUCGGAUAGUUCUCCCAAUUCCAGAAGAAGCUACUCUGUGCCCCGCAUGCCCAGCCCUAAUCCUUUCGCCUUUGAUCGGGACGUAUGUGGCUCGCCUGCCCCAAUCUCCGAUGGAUCCGCUAGUAUCGCUUUGCUCGAAAAAGUUCUGCGUGAGAUGGCCACAAAGGAAGGUGAGGAAAAGCUUUUGGAACUUGUGGAUGAAAUCAAAUCACGACCGGCAACCACCCCGUCCGACAAGGAUGCCGAUAAGAAGAUCACCAACAUGCUGGAAGAGAUUCUCAACCUUGUCAAGGAAGACCCGUCAAGCAGAGCGCUUGUCCGUUCGAUGACUACCGAGAACCUUCCUCCGCCGACCAAUGCUAAUAAUGGAGGUCUCCGAUCUACCUCGCUUGGAUCAAUUGAUGAAACAGCCACCGUGCGCGCUCUGGAUGUGCCCAAAGACGACAAACUUCAGCGCAACAUACCAAAUAACGAUGAAGUCUUGGCAAUUUUACGCACUGUCAAGAGCAGUGUCGUCGAAGGAGGCGGUAUGACAAACAACGUGAAAGCCCUGGUGCGUGAACUGCGUGGCGAAGUGCUUGGUAUGGGUCGUGAGCUUGCGCGCAAGCUGGAGGCAGUUGAGUCGAACAUUGCCGAGGGAGCAUACCAACAGCCACAAAUUGAAGCUCCAAAUGCAGACCAGAUUUCCACAAUCAUCCGCGAAUGUCUCGGUGAUCUGCAGGAGCAGCUGGCUGCUAACGUGAACGAAAGUCGAAGCCAGGCCUCUGCUUUUGCGCAGUUCCAGUCAACCAUGAACAGUGCUGAAAUUUACUCAAUCGUGAAGAGGGCACUGGAUGAGCUGGAGCUUCCCCAGCCUCAAAAGGAGCCCGAUGGCACUCGAAUGGAGAAAGAGGACAUCCUCGACACUGUACGCGAUGCCUGGGAGACAUACAAGCCUGAGAUCGAGUUGCAGACCAUUGGCCUGGAGCGAGAUGAGAUCUUGGAGUGCUUGGCUGAAGGCCUCAAAUCAUACCAGCCGCAGCACGACCAAGCCAUCACUUAUGACCAAGUUUUAGCUGCUGUCCAGACCGGCAUGCAGAAUUUCACUCCCCCACCAAUGGAACAACCGCCAGCUAUCACCCGAGAUGAAAUCAUUCUGACUAUCCGGGAGUGCCUUGAGAAGCCAGAAGACACCUCUCGUGCCUUGCAAGACACUCAUGCAAACAACCUUAAUUCCAUGCGAGACGAGAUCCUUCAGGCGGUGUCCCAGAGACUUGAGCCUCAUUCGCGGGGCCUGCAAGAUGAACAUGUGAACUUCUUUCAUAGCAUUCGCGAUGAGCUGCUCCAUGCAGUGGCUGAAAAGCCAGAUUCUACAAGUCGAGGUCUGGAUGAGGAGCAUCUCCACCAUCUGGGCUCUAUCCGCGAUGAGAUUCUCCAAGCAAUGGCUCAACGACCGGAAUCCACAACUCGAUCUCUGGACGACGAGCAUAUUGAGUACUUGAAUUCCAUGCGCGAUGAGUUGAUGCAGGCAAUCACCGAAAGACCAGGGCCCAAUGACAGGGCUCUGGAUGAGGAUCACCUUCAUCAUUUGACCUCGAUUCGCGAUGAGAUUCUUCACGCCAUCUCUGAACGAUCAGAGUCUAAUAGAUCUCUGGAUGAUGAGCACAUUCAUUACUUGAACUCAAUGCGUGAUGAGUUGCUGCAUGCAAUCGCCGAACGACCCGAACCUGCUACCCGAUCCCUCGAUGACGAGCAGAUUCACUACUUAAAUUCGAUUCGAGAUGACAUUUUGCAUGCCAUGGCCGAAAAGUCUAUCGAGACUGCGGAGUCUAGUGCUCCAAGAUCUGUUCAUGAAGAGCAGUUUGAGCACCUCAACUCUCUUCGUGAUGAGAUCCUAGAUGCAGUUACUAGAUCCAUGACUACUCAGAGUAUGGUAAGCAAGGAAUCCUUCGACUCUGGCCUCGGCCGUGAUGACAUUGUGAGCGCGAUCUCCGACGGUCUCGAGGCCCACUUCACCUCCGCCAAGGAACUGGAUGAACCACGCGUUUCGCGGGAGGAUGUGGUGAAUGCCAUCAAUGAUGCCUUCAAUGCCCAGCAGUCCGCCUUGACCACCAGUCCCCAGCCUGCUAUCUCCCGCGAAGAGAUCAUGGAUGCCAUCGUGGAUGGCAUUGAGAUUGCCAACCAAGCCAAGGAGACUGCAAUCAGCACCAAUGUCCAGCCAUCUUCGUCUAUCUCCCGUGAGGAGAUUUUGGAGGCUAUCUCCGAGGGUCUCGAGAGGACAUAUGAGUCUCAGAAAUCAGCUUUGAGCACCGCGGUCCAACAGCCGGGUAUCACCCGAGAGGAGGUUUUCACUGCCAUCGUUGAUGGCUUUGAAAGUGCCAACACCAUGACUCGUGAGAUUGAACUGAAUAAAGAUGACCUCAUGGAAGCGAUCACAACAGGCCUUCAUGAAGCUACAAAUUCUGCCAACAUGAACGUCGGAGACCAAGUUCUGGAAAGACUUUCAGACGUUGUUGAUGGCAUGAAGGAGGAAUUCAAACAAUAUUCCGCUGCUAAUGGCAAGGAUACUGAGCAAGUCUUGGACGCCGUAAAGGAUGGCCUUGCUGUUGUACGACAAGAGAUUGAGUCUUAUGUGGCCACCACCCAGGCGGUUUCCGGCAAAGAUGAAAUUAUCGACAUUGUCAAGGAAGGAUUCCGUCUUCUGCAGGCUGAUAUGGAAAAAACAAUCACCGACACCGCUAAGGAGUUUGAGCACCUGCGUGGUUCAAUGAGCAAUCUCCUUCUAGACAGCCAUCGAGGCAGUGACAAGCUUGAGAUCCUUGACGCAAUUCGUGAUGCCAGUGAGCAGCAGAAGUCUAAGGCGGCUGAUGAGCAGAUUCUCGACUAUAUCAAGGAAGAAUUUGAGAAGAUGCGCGAGUCCACGGCGAUGAGUGUUGUUCGUUCUGAGCCUCCUCCAUCGGAGAAAGAAGACAUCAUUGCCGCCAUUCGAGAGCACUUCGAAGUCCUUCGCGAAGACAACAUGCAGCAGAACACCAAGGCGGCUGAUGAGCAGAUCCUCAGCUCUAUCAAAGAGGAAUUCGAGAAAAUGCGCGAGUCCACGGCAAUGGGUGUUGUUCCUUCGGAGCCUCAAUCUGAGAAAGAGGACAUCAUCGCUGCUCUCCGAGAGCAUUUCGACGCUCUCCGUGAAGAAACCAUGCAGCAGAACACCAAGCCAGCUGAUGAGCAGAUUCUAAACUCCAUCAAGGAAGAGUUCGAGAAAAUGCGUGAAUCCACAGCGCUGAGUGUGGUUCCAUCCGAGCCUGCUCCGUCUGAGAAAGAGGAUAUCAUCGCCGCUAUUCGCGAGCAUUUUGAUGCCCUUCGUGAAGAAACCAUGCAGCAUAAGGAUGGCGGCGAGAACACAGGGUCUGCCACCAGUGAACUGCUUGAUGCCUUCAAUGAUGGUAUCCUCCUGAUCCGCGAUGAUGUGCAGAAGGUUUUAGAUAAGCCUGCCGACUUCGACAGCUCCGAGAUCCUUGACACCAUCAAGGACGGUAUGGCGGAGCUGCGACUGGAAAUCGACUCCCUCCGCCAGUCCCAAAAGGUGGAGGAGAGUGCGACCGAUGAAAUGGAGACAACGCGUGGCGGUGAGGUUGUGCUUGCCAACGAGCCGUCUGCCCUGGGUACCGACAUCGAAGGCUUGAAGACUCUCAUCACCCAGCUUACAGACAAGAUGGAAUCCAUUGAAACUACUCGCGCCGCGGAGCCUGCCGAGGAGCUUUCCGCAGAGCCUGCUCUGAAUCGUAGCCAUCUUGAUGAGGUCUUGAUGGCUCUCCAAGAAGUGCAACUCGCCAUUGGGGAGAUGAAGCCGAGCGAGUCUGCCGAGCCUCCACUGAGCCGCAGUCAUCUCGAUGAGGUUUUGAUGGCUGUCCAAGAAGUGCAACUCGCCGUUGGUGAGAUGAGUGCGAGCCGAGAUAUCCCUGAGGGGGGUGCUCGGAAGGAGGAUACCGACACUAUCGAAAGUCUUCUCAUGGGCACCAAGGCUCAGAUUGAGGAGAUCCAGUUCCCAUCUCUCGACGAAGUUGCCACCUCUGAGCAUAUUGGAACUCUUGAGACUAUGAUCCGAGAGUCAAAGGAUGCUAUUGCUGAAUUAUCCACUCGGCUGGAGGCUGAGGGCUCUACAAAGUCUGAUAUUGGUACUCUUGAAGGCCUGAUCAAGGAUGUCUGGGUUGCCCUUGAAGAGUUGAAGGGCAAGGCGAAAGAAGAGGAGGAGACAGAAGGGGAUGAAGGGGAGGACAACGGCAAGCUUCUCAAGUCUGAUCUUCAAACUGUCGAGGCUAUGAUCUUUGAGGUUAAAUCUCAGAUUGACGAGCUCAAGUUGCCUGAUGUGGAAACACUUCCCACGAAGGAGGAGAUUCAAGAGCUUUCGGCACUUGUUACCGAUUUCCGUGACAAGAUGGAGAAUGCCAACGACCUCACCGCGCAAGGCUUUGAGGCCCGGAAAACCGAGCACGGUGGCCUCGCCGUCAAAAUAGACGAGAAAAUUGACGAAGCUAAAUUUGUCGUUGGUGAGCUUGGAGACGAGCUUAAGAGUAAGCUUGAUGGCAGCAGCGAAGGCCUCAUGGAGCUCAAGCAGUUGCUCGAGGGCUUGGCUAUCUCUGCCGAGAACUUUACCACUGUCGAAAACGUCAAGGAGCUCACUGAUCUCAUCAAUCGCGAAUUCGAGCGUGCCCGCGGUGAGGAAGACGCCGGCAGGCUAGAAAAAGAGGAGAGAGAUGCUGCUGCUUUAGUCAAGCACGACGAGACUCGGGCUGCAGUCAUUGUUGAGCUGGGAGCCAAAAUCGACGAGAAAAUUGGGGAAGUGAUCGCCAAAUACGAAGAGGCGCAUACUUCGUUGCAUUCCAAGUUCUCGGAGACCGAGGAGCGAGACCUGGCUCAUGCUGAAGCGGUGACAAGCACCAAAUCUCUCGCCGAAGACAUUAGGCUUGUCAUUGGUGCCAUGGGUACCACGGUCACUGAGGCCUGUGAGCGCACGACUGAAGAGACCAAGGCUCUUGCUGAGAAAGUUGAUGAAUCCUACAACCGGAUGGAAGAGAUGCACAACGAGGCCAAAUCGCAUCAGGAGCAAUCCCGAGGCGAGAACGAGAGAGUUGUUGCGGCCACCGAGCGCGUGGAGAGCAAGCUGCUUGAGUUCAAUCCUCAGAUCUUGGAGACUGUUCAGCAGAUCCUGACUGUUGUGAGCCAGCACUUCGACCACUCGCAAAAGUCGGCGGAGGAAGUCAAGUCAGAGCUUAUGUCUCUUCCGACUGCCAUUCCCAGCAUGUUGCCCGCCUUGCCAUCUCCGGAAUCCUCUCGGGAAAUUGAAGAUGACCCUGUUCACAAUAAGCUCAAUGAUCUUCUGGAGCACGCCAAGAACAGCCCCGUACAGGAUGUUUUGAACACGCUACUGGAACACUCGAAGAGUACUCAACUUCAUGAUAAGCUUGACCGCGCUCUGGAGCAUGGCGCUGCGUCGAACAGUGAUAUCUAUGAGAAGCUGAACCAGAUCCUUGAUCAUACUACCAAUGGUACGGGCUCUAUUCAUGAGAAGCUUGAUGCUCUGCUCAGCCGACCAGUCAAUACCGUUGACCCUGAACAGUCGGUCACCCAGAUGAUGAAGCUAGAUGAGAUGCACAAGGACAUCAUGGAGAAUACUCGUAAGAUGAACGAGAUGUUCGCCGUUCAGUCCACACUCGUUGCCGAGGAGACCGAGCGCAAGCGUCGUGAAGCGGAGGAAGCUGCAAUUGCCUUGGAACGCAGGAUAGCCCAGCGCGAGCAAGUCGAGGCCGACAUUGUCGGCUUGCAAGAGGAGAAGGAGUCUCUACUGAAGAUGUUCCAAACUCUGAAGGCAGAGAAGGACGAACUUGCCAAGCAGACCUCUAAGAUGAGCAAGGAACUUUCUGGCCUGGAGACCGCUCUGGAGAUUCGUCAUGAGGAGAUGCAGCAAAUGGAGGAGCGUGCGGAUGGUCUAGAGAAACGCAUCUUGGAAGGUGUCCUCGACCAUGCCCGCAGCAUUCUCUUGAGUCGAUCUGGCAGCCUUAACAGCAUGAACCUCAAGCGCAACCAAAGCACGCGUUCAUCCCGCGCAGGUGCCCGUAGCCCUAGCAUGGCUAGCAUUACCACUACAAGCACUGCUCGAGAGCCAAAGGAUGCACGCAGCCUUCUCGGCAAUGGUGUCGGCAUGGCUCUCAAGCGCCGUACGUUCAACGGCCUCCAGCCUGGACCAACAACAGUUCAACCCAACAUUGGGAAAGAGCGCCGAAUUCUCAGUUUGAGCCAUGUUACAGGCAAUCGUGAUGCUGGUCGUCAAUCGGGACCCAAUGGCGGCAUCACUAGCUUGAAGCGCAGCCACUCCGUCAAAUCCAACUUCUCAGCUCGCAAGACUUCUUGGGCCGGCCCUACUGCAAACAAAGAGAAUGAGGCAUUCCCGGAAGAAGAGGAACCCGAAAGCGAGCCCGAGACUGAUGCCGGCACGGAGCGCAAAUCCAGCUACGCGGGUUCUAACCGGCAAUCAAGCUAUGCAGGAACUGAUCGCAAAGUCAGCUACGCCGAGACUUGUACCGACAGUGUCGUCACUGGAGUUACUGAUAGUGUCAUCUCAGAAGAUCGGCGCACUAGUGGCAUGAGCAGUGCGACGGGGGAGCACGAGGAAUCUGAGCUAGCAUCAGAUGAUGAUGAGGAUGAUGCUCAGACUGCCCGUGAAGACGAUGACGAGGAUGUUAAUUCGGAUAGAGAAGAUGAAGAAUCAGAGGACCACCAGGAUGAUGUGGACGACAACCUUUCUGACACUGCCUCAGCAAUGGAGGCUGAAGUCCUAAAGCUACUGGAGGCUCCUCCUGACAGCGGAUUGGGAACUGAAAUGACUGUCUCAUGA